UUCUCAAGUGUCUGCUACCAGCAUCUAUACUACCAUGUGGUUAGAGACACACUGGAAGAACAUCCGCCAAGCCUUCUUGCUUUUUUUCACUGCUGCUCUUCUCAUUGGGGUCACCAUGCUGGCCAUUUCAUCUAACAUCAAUCCAGCAGGCUAUUUCUUCCUAGGGGUAGGGGGAGUGUGCCUGACCGGCUAUUUGCUGAGUGCAUUUGUCAAGUGUUGCCUGAGGAAUCAACAGCAACGUGAUGCAAACGAGAUAUCUCCAAACGGGCAAAGCCAAGCAGAGGUGAACGCUGCCUAUGAAGCACCCACCUAUGAGGAAGUGAUGACCAUGUCAGUUCCAGCAAUAUGGACAAUUGCAUCCAAUCCAGGCUUAGUACCUUCGCCACUGAAUGAGCCGCCUCCUUACAACGUAGUUAUUGAAUCAUCCGCCCAGGAAGAGAUGAUGGUAGAGGCUCUCAGGGUGUCAGUGGUAUCAGACACAAGGCACACCUGUGAGACAGACAGAGGAUCCAGGAUGCAGCUGCAACUGGUGCUGCCCCCAAGACUGCAGCGGUUUGUUUCAGACAUCCAUGAAGUGAAAGGUGUUGCAGACACGUUUGAACCACUGGAGCCACUCACUCCACCACCUGCUUAUGAGAGUGCUGACGAUGAUGUCUUCGAAGAUGCCUUCCAGCCCUCCAUAUUAUGAUUCAUUUCACCUUCCAUGAAUGCAGAACCAAAUCCUCUGCCCAAUACAGAAUGCUCCUAGAAGGAAGAUGAAAGAGCUGAGAUUUUUCACACCUGAAACUAGAAGUUUGCCUCACCAUUCUUUGAACCAGAGCUGAACUACGGACACAGCUUCUGAUGUCACUAGAAUCUUCUGCACAAAAUAUAAACCAAUGCAAUACCACAAUGCUUUGUCUUGGCAGAUACGUAAAACUACUGGGAGGAAAGCUGUGUUAUACCUGGCAACAAUUCUCAAACUGGAGAUACACCUUUAUGGGGGAGGAGUGUGAAUCCUGAGAAGGGGUUGCUGAAGGACCUCUGAAGGAGGACUGUAGGAUGCAGCCAGGAGAAGUUGCCUGGGAAAGGGAAGGAAUAGAAACAGUGCUAAGUAGGUUCUGCCUGUGCAUUACAAACACCUUUGCAAUCAUCAGUCACCCUAAAACCCCUACUGAGAGACUGACGCUGUAGUUCCCCGAGUUGCUGCUUUGCAGCAAUACAAACUUAUAGUCUACGCUGUUUGUUGCCACCCCUCUGCUGCACUUGCUGGGCAUCCUCAGCUGUGCUGCACUGCAGUGUGACUGAGGGGAGGGUGGCUGUCUUCAUCUGGAAGCUGGCACCACCUCAUGCUUGUCCUUGGGGUUGAAAAGCUUAUGGCAAGCGUGGCACCGUGAAAUUACUUCAGUCCUUCACAAGGUUCUCAUCCCACACAGCCUGCAGUGGUGGACAAGAGGGAGAUAAUAGCAGCUUUUCUCCUGUAAGAGGAGCCAUCAGUGGGAUAUGUACACAUAUACAUGUCCUCUGCCUGAACCACUGGUCUUUGCAUCUCUACAGGAGGGUGUAUUUUUCAACUGUACUACAGGCCCAAACAGAUGACUCGAGAUGCUUUAUUGUCAUCAGGGCAAUCAUUUGCACCUCCAGCUCUCCAUAAUGCCGCCACACAUGGAGGCUUCUCUCUGGACUCUGGAAAGGGCCAGUCCGUCUGCCGAGGCCACGGCUGCAGCAGAGAGCACCCUGGAGAAUGACAGCUUUGAGGCACGUGUGGUGUUCAUCGUGGCUCUAGGCUGGAGCCAGGUUCCAGCUCUCACUGAUCGGUGAUGCUGUGCGGUCUUUUACAAUGGUAGAGUUAACGUGACAGGCUCUGCAGCGUUAAAGGGGUCUGCAGUAUGCAAAGAGACAUUCAUGUCUGGCAAGUGUCCAAAUAUAAACAAUGAAAUACGGUGGUCCGAAUUUCUUCAUGGAGAUCAGCAAUGAUCAAAGCUGUGUCUCAUGUGACUGCAUCACCUUUAAUUCAUAUGAGAAACCAUCAACCCACAGGCUAAAGCAAAUAAAUUAUUUAUUGUUUGAUUCUUUUAA